CUCUACCCUUGGUCUAUUCUGAGGCUGGCAGAGCAAGACCCAGAUAUGGUGUAGUAUAACAGGAAAGAAACAAGAAACCUAUACAGCAUGGAGGGAGGCCUGUGUUGAAGUUAGAGGAGUAUCCGACUAAGCAGUCACUGUGGAUUGUGGGAAGUGGAGGCGGAGUGCGACAUGCAGAAUGAGGCCCCGGGCCCGGCAGCCGCCAGUGCCAGCAGCAUCAGUACGACUCCCAGUGUCACCACUAGCCUGGUCACUACUAGCAGCACUGGGAGGCCAACCCUGCCCCACAUCUCUGUCUACGCUGGGAUCCCAGGUAGACAGACUGCUCAGGUGAUCCAACAAGCGCUCCACAGACAACCCAGCACGGCAGCCCAGUACCUGCAGCAGAUGUAUGCAGCCCAGCAGCAGCACCUCAUGCUUCAGACAGCAGCCCUCCAACAGCAGCAGCAACUGAGCAACACUCAGCUCCAGAGGCUUGCCGGUGUGCAACAGGUCCAUGCUACCAUAGUGGCAGGAAGACAGAGCUCCAACCAGAUUUGGACCUCCUCUCACCAGACAUGUUCCACACAGCCCACUGUAAACCCGGCCACGCCUCCAGCAGCGGCCCAGAUAAUCAGCAGAGUCCAGAGUGUUAGCUCCACUCCCACCUGUAUCCCCCAGCAGGCUGUGCUCCUAGGCAACGCCUCCAGCCUCGUCCUCACCGCUAGCCAAGCUCAGAUGUAUCUGCGGGCUCAGAUGCUCAUCUUCACCCCAACUGCAGCUGUUGCCACUGUCCAAUCAGCAGCCUCAUCACAGUCUGCCACCAACCAACAAUCUGCUAGUGCACAGGUGCAGAACCUUGCCAUCUGUAGUCAGCAGGGGGCCCACUCCUCCUCUCAGCUCCAGGGCCUUCAUCUCAAACAGAUGUCUGGAGGGGCCCAAGUCUCCCUGGCUGGUCAGCUCAGGGAUCCAACCCAGGGGCCGCAGGGAGCACAACUGGGGUCCCUGGCGGCCCCAUCAGAGGGGGGGCAGAAAGGUGAGGGCCACUUGGUGACCAUGAGCCGCAGUGUGAUGGCCGUCAGCAGUCACCCCCUCAUCAGCCCAGGUAGACCACACUCAAAGCGCCCUGUUCAAGCGUACGCACAAAUCCAGACGCACCAGUUUCUGCAGCAGCAAAAACAGCAGCAGUUUGUGUUCCAGCAGCAGCGACACCAGACCCAGCAGCUUUCUCUGAGGGGCCAGGCCCCAGUGCUACACACAGCCUCCAUCCACAGUCACUCUCAGGCCCAGAUGCUACAGGCCCUGGCUAUCCAGCCCCCGCCCAAGGAGGGCCCCGUCCCUGUACUUCCCAAACCAUUUGUCUCUGCCAAUGUUCCUAGCCAGCAGGCCACCAUCUUUCACUCUACCGUCAGUCCCCAGAUUCUUACCCACAACGGGCCAUCCCCUGUGGUCACCCAGACCCAGGCUGCUCCGCUGCCCAACACCAAGUUAGUGCAGAUGGCUGCAGUAGACCUCCAGAUCCAGCCAACUGCUCUUACACCAGCCUCUCAGCUGGUUCAGGAUAGUGCUGGCAAGGAGCUGCCCACGUCUGAGGUAGUCACGGAGAACAGCUCCACUCCCCUCAUACAGCAGCCAACAGCCCCUCCUAUUCUUGAGGUCAUCACUAUUGAGCAAUGCCCAUCGGAUCCCAGCAACCCCACCACACCCACUGGAGCAGGUAAGGGAGACGCUGAGUGGCUGAAUGCGCAACCAGGUGCAGGCUCACUUCCAGUCAUGACCUCAGGGAAUGGGAACAAUGCGCCCAUGGUGACAGGCAGUACCCCACAGAAUGGCGAGAGCAAACUGCCUCAAGCCAUAGUGAAACCCCAGAUCCUCACCCACUUUAUUGAGGGAUUUGUGAUCCAGGAGGGAGCAGAGCCUUUCCCUGUGGAACGCCCGUUGUCGUUGCUGAUCGAGAACCUGAAGAAACACAAACAGCAGACGCACUCUGAUUCUGAGAAGACGACGACCUCCUCCAACAGCACCACUGACUCUGAGAUGGAGGACCUAUCACAGCAAGAGCUGAAGCAGCAAGAGGAGCCCACCCUGACGUGUGAGCUGUGUGGCAGAGUGGACUUUGCCUACAACUUCAAGAGAUCCAAGAGGUUCUGCUCCACAGUGUGUGCCAAACGGUACAAUGUGGGGUGUACAAAGCGAAUGGGCCUCUUUCCAAAUCGACAAACCACGAUGGAGAAACUGAAGAAGCAGAGAACAUCCAAUGGGAACCACCAGAAAUCAAGCUCCGAGACCAAAAAACUGACUCCCAUUACUGGGCAACAACCUGGGGGUGGAUCGGUGACGUCCAGCCACCCCUCUCACCCUGGUCACAGAGAGUUCAGCCAGUGUUUAGACAUGUCCAGCUACGAGGGUCCCCCUUCACCCCCACUGUCUGCUGCCAGCUCUAGUGCUCCCAGGUCCCAGGCGGGCAGAGGGGCAGAGCACAUGGAGGGCGGUGGACAAGAGCUGCCCCUCCUUUCCCAGCACUUCCAGCCCAGAGACCCGGCCAAGUGGAACGUGGAGGAGGUCUACGAGUUCAUCUGCUCCCUGCCAGGUUGCCUGGCGAUAGCCGAGGAGUUCCGCUCGCAGGAGAUCGACGGCCAGUCCUUGCUGCUGCUGAAAGAGGACCACCUCAUGGGCACCAUGAACAUCAAACUGGGGCCUGCGCUCAAGCUCUUUGCCGAGAUCAGUAUGCUGAGAGACUCGUAACCCCUCCUCUCUGGAGCCACUCCACACUGCCGGAAAGUGUCCAGAACACCGUAUUUAUACGGUACUCUGACCAGGCUCAAGCCUACCGCUGUGGCAGGUUGGUCCCACGGGGGUGGAGGAUGGACGAAAGGUGUCUCUGUUUCAUAGAAGCUGAUGGUCCAUAGCAUAUUGACAACGCUAUCUGAGUUUAGAGCUUUGCCUCUUUGGACUCUCCUAUGCAAUGCAGGAACCGUUAGCUACUGAAUGAGUUGUACUGUGGAUGUUGUACUGUGCACAAGGAACUUAUCCAGCUAGACUCAAAUGGACAAGGUGGUACUUAAGUUCAUAAAUGCCGUUACUAGUAGUUAGAGAUUCUCUGGUACAUCUGUAUACUUUUUUAGCCAGUAAUUCUGAAAGUAGCGCUCACGAGCCAAAAGUGGUCCCUGAAAAUUGCGUACUACGUAACAUAUGUGCCGAUAUGUGCAUCACGUCAUUGCUCUCUCUCUCUGCUGUGUGCGUCUUGCUAGCUGUCACUCAAAUAGUGAGGGGCUGAAGCACAUUGGUUGGAACUCGAAUUGUUAGGGGGCUGGCCCACAUGGGGGAAAAUGUAGGGAAAAUGGCACGGCACAGCUUCCAGUAAACAGCCUCUUUCAAACUAAGAUUUUGUGGCUAAUUGAGGUAAAGUAAUUCUGCUCAGAUUAUGCAUUUAUGAACUACACAUGUCACAUGCACCAAAUACAACAGGUGUAGACUUUACAGUGAAAUGCUUACUUACGAGCCCAUUCCCAACAAUGCAGAGUUAAAAUAUGAGGCGCAUAUUUGCUAAAUUAAAAGGAAAUGCACAUCCAGCCUGAAGUGGGAGGUUUAAAAAUAUAUGAACUCAGCAUAAAAUAAACGUCUUCUCACUGUCAACUGCUUUUAUUUUCAACAAACUUAACAUGUACAUAUUUGUAUGAACAUAAGAUUCAACAACUGAUACAAACUGAACAAGUUCCACAGACAUGUGACUAACAAAAAUUGAAU